CCUCCUUUGUGGGCCACACUUCAGCCUAAGUCUUGUCCUUUGGUCUACGAUCUCAGCAAGGGACCCUAAGGAAGUCUACUAUCAGGUGCUCAGGCGAGCCCCAGGUUCUACUUCUGGGGUAGAGGGUAGGCCACGAAAGUCUCUGUGGGCACUCAUCAUGGUGAGAAAUCUCGACAACCUGGACUUCCAUCUGCCUUCUCAUGCCCAAGACAUGCUGGACGGCCUUCAGCGUCUGCGUUCCCUGCCCAAGCUGGCCGAUGUCACACUCCUGGUUGGUAACCAGGAGCUUCCCUGCCACCGCAGCCUUCUGGCUCUGAGCAGCCCCUACUUCCACGCCAUGUUUGGCGGAGACUUCGCUGAGAGCUUUUCGGCCCGUGUGGAGCUGCGCGACGUAGAGCCGGUUGCAGUGGCACAGCUGGUGGACUUUGUGUACACAGGCCGGCUGACCAUCACCCAGAAUAACGUGGAGGUGCUGACCCGCACUGCCUCACGCCUUCACUUCCCCACUGUGCAGAAGGUCUGUGGCCGAUACCUCCAGCAGCAGUUAGACGCCACCAACUGUCUGGGCAUCUGCGAGUUUGGGGAGCAGCAGGGGCUAUUAGGUGUGGCGGCCAAAGCCUGGGCCUUCCUGCGGGAGAACUUCGAGGCGGUGGCCCAGGAGGAUGAGUUUUUGCAGCUGCCUAGAGACCGGCUGGCCACCUGUCUGGCCAGUGACCUGCUGCAGGUACAACCGGAGCAGAGUCGGCUCGAGGCCCUGCUGCGCUGGGUGCGCCAUGACCCUCAGAACCGGUCUGCCCAUCUGCCCGAGCUCCUUAGCCUGGUGCAUCUGGAUGCUGUCCCGAGGCCCUGCGUACAGCAGUUGCUGGCCACAGAGCCGCUGAUUCAGGAGUCAGAGGCAUGCCAGGAGGCCCUGUCUCAGGGCCACAGUGGGGAACUUCCUGGCCACCCACAGAAGAUGCAGGAGGUACUGGUGGUCGUAGGAGGGCGGGCACUGGAGGAGGACGAGGAGGGUGGUGAAGAACCUAGCCACCACACUGGGAACUUUGCUUUCUACAACACCAAGGCCAGGCAGUGGAUGGCACUCCCGGACUUCCCCGAUUACCACAAGUGGGGCUUCUCCCUGGCUGCGCUCAACAGUGAUGUCUAUGUCACAGGUGGCUCACGGGGCACCAAAACAGACACCUGGUCAACCACCCAAGCCUGGUGCUUCCCGCUGAAGGAAGCUGUCUGGAAACCUGUGGCACCCAUGCUGAAGGCCCGCACGAACCACGCCAGUACAGCCCUGAACGGAGAGAUCUAUGCCAUAGGUGGCACCGCCCUGGAUGCGGUAGAGGUGGAGCGGUAUGACCCCUACACGGACAGCUGGACUCCCGUCAGCCCGGCCCUCAAGUAUGUCAGCAACUUCUCGGCUGCCAGCUGCCAGGGCCGCCUCUACCUAGUGGGCUCCAGCGCCUGCAAGUACAACAGGCUGGCUCUCCAGUGCUACACCCCCGUGACAGAUGCGUGGAGUGUGAUCGCCUCACCUUUCCUGCCCAAGUACCUGUCCUCUCCACGCUGUGCUGCCCUGAAUGGAGCCCUCUAUCUCAUUGGUGACAACACCAAGAAAGUCUACGUGUAUGACCCCGGGGCCAACCUGUGGCAGAAGGUGCAGUCUCAGCACAGCCUACACGAGAACGGCGCCCUGGUCUCUCUGGGUGACGCGCUGUAUGUGACAGGUGGCCGCUGGCAGGGCAUGGACGGCGACUACCACGUGGAGAUGGAGGCCUAUGACACUGUGAGGGAUUCCUGGGCCCGCCACGGCUCCCUACCCCGUCUCUGGCUCUACCACGGGGCCUCUACCAUCUUUCUGGACAUCUCGAAGUGGACGCAGCCCUUCAGCCCCAGUGCCGGUCAGGAGCACUAGGGAGGGAGGAGCUCCUGGGUCAGUUCUACAUUGCUGUGCAGAAUGGCUCCUUUUGUGCCUGUCUUCCAUUCAUUGUGAGCUGCUGCCCCCUCCAGGGCUUGGGCUUGGCUCAAUAUCAGAUGUCACAGCUGAGGACACAGCUCUGGUCUCCGGUGCUACCAAACUUUGUGACCAGC